UGAACUGGCGUCUCGCGAUGUGUUACUGGUUCACCUGCUCAGGUGAAAUGAAAUGAGCCUCAUGAAACCUGAACUAUAUGUUAUCCAAUCAGUCUCGACCAGGUAACCGGAGAGGAAGCAAUUUCUAACCCGUCCGUCGCUCGUUCGUUCGUUCGUUCCGUGUGGAAGCCUUCCAGUCUUGUGCCUUAAAGUUUAACGUGUUUAUGUGCCUAUUUUUGUUUUCUUUUUUACAUUUUUAACAACAUCGAUCAGUGCAGAUCGAUCGUGUUUUUGUCGUCAUUCGUCAUCGUUAUUUGAGCGUUUCGUUGUCGCCGCAUUUGUAUAGAUAGAUAGAUACGCGAAACGUGUUUACUCGUACGUACUUGUACAAAAAAUGUCCGCGUGAGAUACUUUUUUGCUAUCCGCAUUUUUUGAGUCGCGGCUUCGUAGGUGCACACCGCGCAAUGAAAACAAGCCGAUCUUCAAUGAAUUUGAAUAAUUUAUCUGAAAGAUACAAAUAUUGAUAGAAAAUAGAUAUUGUGCCCUGAUGGUGCCAAUGAGUGGAAAUUGAAUUAUUGAGAUACCUACCAACAAAAAUUAUAUUUUCCAUAUCAGUGCAAUGUUUUUGAGUGCGAUUUGAAUGUUUCCAAGAAAAGAGUGUUGAUUUGUUUGUUUCGAUUUAGAAGGAGGUCCUUGUCAAAAAAAAAAAAUGGCGAGUUCUGUUACGAAUGAAUGUUAAGAUACAAAAGUAUCUAUUGUGCGUAAAAGAAAAUAAUAUACACAAUUCAGAAUGUUAAGAAUCGUGAUGAUUUCUAUCAAACUGUUGUGAUCUUCAUUUAAACUGGAUAAUUGUUUCCUAACUUGUUAAUUCAAAAAUCCUUCCUCCCUGGGAUCUUCAGAGUGUGCGAGUAAAAGAGUUAGAAAGACUCAUUUCAUUCAUCUUAUAAGAACAACCGAUUGAAUCAGCUGCUGCUAAAUGCAUACGGAUAUCAUUAUCGGCGAUCAAAUUGUGCCAUCCGCUAAUUUUUGGGUAAUGCAGUCCCCAGAAUUGGAUUAUCGGCAUGAGCUGAUGGGACGUUUGCAUAAAAUCGAGCCUGACGUUGAACUAGAAGUCUUACCUCACCACCACCAUCAUCAUCACGAUCAAAGCAAUCAUCAUCUGCAUCACCAACAACAACACCAACACCACCACGACCAACAUCACCACCAACAUCAGUCAAGUCAACAACAACAACAGCAGCAACAUCACCAGCACACACAACAACAACAACCAAACCAUAGCAUAGAUAAUCCGUCCAGCUCACCUAGUAAUUCAAGUUCCGGCUAUGGUUGCGCAUAUGCGAGCAGCCAAUGCUACGAUGGUGGCUACUCCACCGGGAAGGAGUAUUUAUUUGAAACCAAAAAUAAAGAGGCUCUCUGCACACCUUCUUCAGAAAUAGAUGAUCCGUUCUUGCGACCACCACUUUGGGAAGAUAUUGCCAGCUCAAUACAAAACAUCGAUCCAGAGAAUGCGGUGAUGUUGGGCGCCAAUGCAAUGGCUCAGGUUAAAAUGGAAAAUGUCGAAGAUCCCCUACUCGAAACCCUCUCCACACCGUUGCUCAGUCCGCUGGAGAUCAAAACCGAAAAACACCCAAAUCACCAUGCGCAACAUCACUUGCACCAACAUCAUCACCUGCAUCAGCAUCAUCCGAGCUUAGGAACCGGAAGUGGGAGUAGUGGAACAAAUACUGGUACUGGAACAGAAUGUGAUACCCUUACCCAACUCUCUAUAAUCCAUGGACCCAUGCACCACCCACAAUUGCAUCAACAAAUGCAGCAUCCACACCACCAUCAGCAUCAGCACCACCAGCAGCAGCAGCAACAACAACAACAACAACAUCAGCAACAUCCAAAUAGCAAUAGCAAUAGUCCUAGCCACAAUCGAAGCAGUAGCUCUAGUAGUAAUAGCAAUAAUAACAAUGAUAGUUUAGUCCAUAACAAUAAUAAUAAUACCAACAACAAUGGAAGUAGUAAUAAUAGCAGUAGUUCGAGCAAUGGCAAUAGCGAUAAUGGCUCAUAUCUAUUAACUGCAUCCAGCUAUCCCCCACCACCGCCGCCACCGCAUUUAAAUAGCUAUUUAGGCGGUGGCAAUGUGAAUGCUAAUGUAGGCCAACAUCAUCAAAUGCCACCGCAAACUAAUAGUACAUGCAACAACAACAACAACAACAGCAAUACAACUAACAAUAAUAAUACCAGCACCAAUAACAACAACAUUAGCAAUAGCAGCAAUGCCAACAACAACAACAACAUCUCAAACAAUGGAGGUGGCUACGCUUAUAAUUGGCAGAGUCACACACAGCCUUCCUACCACAACAAGUAUCCAGUGCAAAAUGCAGCCAUUGUGCCAGCCGCUAACCUCUGCCCGCCACCACCAAUGUCAAGACUCAUGUAUGUGCCACCGCUUACACCACCCAGUUCUGAUCCAGGAAGUCCGGGUAGUUCGUUGGUGUCAAACAGACGUGCCACACCACCACCGCCAUAUCAACACCAACAGCAGCAGCAGCAGCAACAACAACAGCAACAACAAGGACAUCCACUUGCCAGCGUUAGUGGUCCUACCAUUAUUGCUGUGCAUUCAUCUAAUGGCUCAAAUUCCGCCCAUUCCCAUCACCUCAGCCCACCUAUUGGCCCGCCUAACAGUCGGACGCUUACAACUCUCACUUCGAGCAAUAAUUCAUCGAACAUUCAACAGAAUACUCCUGCACAUCUGGCGAACAUCAUUUCGCCAUCGAUAAGGGCAGUUCGUUAUAAUCGAAGGAACAAUCCAGAGUUGGAAAAGCGACGGAUACAUCACUGCGAUUUUUUAGGUUGUACAAAAGUCUAUACCAAAAGCUCACACCUGAAAGCCCAUCAAAGAAUUCACACAGGUGAAAAGCCAUAUACCUGCCAAUGGCCUGAGUGUGAAUGGCGGUUUGCCCGCUCUGAUGAAUUAACCCGCCAUUAUCGCAAGCACACCGGUGCAAAACCAUUCAAAUGUAUUGUUUGUGAAAGAAGCUUUGCAAGAAGUGAUCAUCUCGCAUUGCAUAUGAAGCGCCAUCUACCGAAAAACAAAUAAAACUGCUUAACACAGCAGAAUUCUUGUAAUGCAACUGCAAAAACAACAACAAAAAAUUUAUUAAAACUAACAAAUCCAACAGCAAGCAAAACAUCCAAAGGACUUUAGUUAUAUAAGAGCAUAAAAUUACUAUUAAAUUUAAACAAAAAAAGUUAAAAUUUUAAUUUUUAAAGAAAAACAAAAAUCGUAAUUAAUAGGAAACAAAUCAAAAGAAAGUGUGUACUAUAGAAUGUAGUGUUAAAUAUGCGUAGUAUUUCUUAUUUGAUAUUAUUUAAUAAUUUUAAUAAUUAAGUUCUCUCUCACUGCAGUUAUGGUUGUUAUUAUUAUUUCUAUUUUAGUUUUGUACCUAUAUCCACUUAAAAUCCGUUUUGCAUAUAAUUUUAAAUUAAGAUGCCGAAUGUACUAUGAAGUUUAUAAGUAAGAUAUUUUUCUAUUUUUAAAGUUUUUUUUUUUAUUAUUGGAAUUCGAAAAAUUUAAAUGUGCUGGCACAUUUUGAAUAAUAAAUUUAUUUUUAUCCGUCACUGUCUCAUAGCAGAGUGUGUUCUCCGAUUCAAUUUUAUUUGUUAUUAUUUUUUUUUUUCGUUUUGUGUCUGUUGUGUAUUUUUUAUCCUAUAACAUUUUAAUAAACAAAUGAGGAAACUAAUUAAUUCCACCCACACAAAUUGACAUUAUUCUCGCCAGCCGCAGCCGUGAUUUUUUAUUACAUAAGACCAAUAUAAGCUUUUAAUGAUAAUCUAAAAAAUAUGUUAAACACUUGUUUGUGAUCAAGAUAAAUGUUUUAGAUUCCAUAAAUUGUGCCGGAUGAUAUUUUUCCAAAUAGAUAAAACAGCGACACGGGGUAGUGCAAGGCUUUCGGAAUUUUGUUUUUGUAGUUUUCAAUUAAAUACGAAAUUACUAAUGCAUUUCUUCUAUAAUUUACUUGUGUUCUUUAAUUAACAUAUAUUCAAUUGUUUGAUAUCAGACCAGUUUGUUAUGCAUUAAGUUUUUGUACAGAUAAAGGCAAUGUUUUGUUCUUUAAAUGAAGAAAAAACAAUAGGUUUUGAAUGAAGUUGUAAUUCUUUACAUAAGCAUAAAGGCGCCUGCUGAGUUAGAAGAGUUGGAUUGUUUGUUCUUGUGCUUCUUUUAAUUUGCUCCCCUCCAGGUUUUGAAUUCAAUGGAAAUGAAAAGUAAUUAAGUUUCGCAGUUUAUUUAAUUCUUUUGUGUAGGAAGGAAUAUUUUCAAUUUUAAUAAAUACUUUCAAAGAAUUUUAGAAUACAAAUUUUGUGGUCAAGCUUUAACACUGAAUUCCUCGUAAAUUUAAUUAAAAUUGUUAGACUGUUAAUAGUGAAU